AUGAGCGAACUUGUACAGCUUAAAAGUGGCCAAAAGAUAGAUGAUUGGAUAGUCGUGAAGAAGCUUGGCGAGGGAGCGUUCGGUGCUGUAUACGAGGUGAAGAAAGAAAAGGAGGCAAAGAGUUAUGCGCUUAAGGUUGAAGCAAAAGACGACCCUAUUGGCAUGCUCAAAAUGGAACUCUACGUAAUGAUGGCUUUAAAGAACACGAGAAAGAAAGCCCGUCACUUCUGCGAACUCGCCGACAAAGGAAUGACAUUCAACUUCAGAUACAUCGUGAUGACACUUGUUGGUAAAAGUAUCCAGGAGCUACGAGCAAAUGCGCCGAUGAAGAAAUUCUCGAUGGGGACGGCUUUGUCGAUUGGAAAGCUUUGCCUGGAAUCGAUCGAAGAUUUACAUGAUGUCGGCAUUCUUCACAGGGAUAUUAAGCCUGGAAACUACGCGAUCGGACGAAAAGAACAACAUGAAUUGCGUCGAAUUUUUAUGCUCGACUUUGGCAUGGCACGGAAAUUUGUGAAAAAAGACGGAGUGCUGCGUAAUCCACGAAUAAAAGCCGGAUUUCGAGGCACAGUUAAGUAUGCACCUUUAGCAUGUCACGUGCAAAGGGAACAAAGCAGAAAGGAUGAUAUCGAGAGCUGGCUUUACAUGGUUAUUGAGUUUACCGUUGGCACUCUUCCAUGGCGAAAUCUAACGGACCCAAAUGAUGUGGGACUCUUCAAAAAGGAUUGCAAAGGGGAUCGUUACAAGUGUCUUUUUGGCGGAUGUCCACGGCAGUACCUCGAAAUUUUUCCGAUUCUCGACCGCGGCAAAUUCUUUGACACUCCCGAGUAUGAGGUGAUCUACGGAUUGUUACACGAUGCAAUCAAGACAACACAUUCGACAGAAUAUCCAUACGAUUGGGAAACGGAGGAAUGGGAGAAACGAGUCGCUGAAAAAAAA